AUGAUUAUAAAUAAUUGUUUAUUGAUAGGAAUAUAUAUGUAUAUAUGUGGAUUAUUUGUAUUAAUAUUUCAAUGAAAGCAUAUUUUAAAUAUUUUAUUGGGUUUUGAAGUAUUGACAUUAAGAGUUUUUUCUAUAUUUUUUUUUUCUGUAGGUAUAGUUAGUUUAAAUUUUUAUUUAGUUGUUGUUAUAAUUGUUUUUGGUGUUUGUGAAGCUACUUUAGGGUUAUCAUUAUUAGUUAGUUUUAUUCGAUUACAUGGAAAUGAUUACGUUUUAAGAUUAAGGGUUUAUAAAUUGUAG